AUGCAGGCGUCGGCACACCCGAUGGGCUGCGGGGCGUCGCUGGCCCUGGCGCUAUGCAUGCCGUUGUCCUACGUGGCCCUGGUCCAGUUGUUCGAUAGAGACGGAAUUGACAGAAACCACACUGUUUCUAUCAAACGGAGGUUUCCCGAGAAAAAAUAUGGCUGAUUUUUAUAUUGCUUUUAAUUAUCCCUCGAGCUUCCAACCGGCGCGAACUUUCGUGUUAGCCGUCUUUGUUUUUUCUAGAAUUCCGGUCAUAUAUUUUCUCAAAAAAUUGUGCGGGAAAUUGUAUCGCAAUUUCAAUUAUUAUUAUCAACUUUUCAGAUUUACGGGUGCAUUUUUAAAUAACAUCAUAUCAGUAGGCUGUACUUGGAUGAUUUUGAAGCAGGUUCGUUUGGCCCUCUUUUGUCACGAUUUCUUAUCUGCUCAGGGAUCAUCGACUCCCUUGAGAGAUAUGGGCCUUCAUGUAGAUAAAUUGUUAAAUGCCGUAAGUUAGUAUUUCCAUUCUAUGUGAUUAUUUUGAUUCAGAUCUUCUUUCCUUGUAUCCUUAUGUUCACAUUGUAUUUCGGGCAGUUUGUCAUGAUGUUUUACGACAGAACCUUAGGAAAUUGCUUUGGUUGGGUUUUGAAGUAUUGAGAGUUAAUUAGUGAAUUUUGAAGAUCUGAAAUCUUGGCUGCGUUCUUUCCGCUCUGCGACAUGGCUUCGCGAUAUCGUGUUGGUGAGCGAAUGAAUUUGUAACAAGUAGAUUCGUGAAAAAUAGAGGAGAAUUCAUGAGGUAGCGAUGAAAAAUGUUCUUUGCUUGGAGUUUUCUGAAAAUCAUUUUUCCGUUCGUUUUUUGAACAGGAAACAGCUGCUAUUGGUGACUGAGAUAUGUCAUUUUUAAACAAGCGCGAAGUUCAAGAAAUGUCAUUUUUUGAAAAAGAAAAUGUAUCAUUGUUGGAGUUGUGCAAAUUCAACAAGCUGUGCAAUUUUAGGUUUUUUUGGAAAAAAAUUAAUCGCUUCCAAAAAAAGUCUAUUCAUGAGUACAAUAAAGGACUUUCUUCCGCUUUGGAUUCAUGAACAAAGUUAAACAAACAAGGCUAAGGGAUACUUAAAAAAAAUAUCGAAAGUUUGAAGGAAUAAAAAGAUAAGUCAGCGAAUAGAAUAGAUUUUAUGCAGGGACCGGUGACCGAAGAAAUAGCGUUCCGAUGCUGCUCGGUGGUGCUGAUGUCGCAGUGCGCCUCGUCCCUGGCCACCGUCUUUCUUUCCCCUGUUCCCUUCGCUCUCAGCCACUUCCACCACGUCUUCGACGACCAACGUCGAGGAUUCACUCCACAGCAGGCCUUCCUCAAACGGAGUGAUCUCCUCUUUUCCGGUUCAUCUCUACUUUCGCGAUGCUUUCAGCCUUCCAGUUCGCGUACACCUACAUUUUCGGGGUGUUCGCCUCCUACCUCUUGCUGUCGACGCGACAUGCUCUCGUUCCGAUCGUCGCCCACUCGAUUUGCAACUCUUUAGGCCUCCCGCUUCUACAUGAAAUCGGUGCGUUUCUGUAUCCUAUUGAACUCAUAAUCUCAGGUUUUUUCUAAUUUCUCAAGACUGAUCCCUGAAAACAGUUCCAUUUUCAAUAACCUCUUACUGCGCAUUUCCUUAGCUACAGGAUGUCAAAUUUAAUGAGAAAAUUUUUCUAUCCUGUGUUCAUCUAAACAGUUUUUAGUAUGAAAAAAAAUUUCACUUUUCGAGAAGUUUUUUAUUUGGUAAAUCUACAUAGCUAGCUGAAAUUUCUUGGAUUGAUAACGAUAAAAUGUAACUUUCCAUUUAAAAUCAAAAAGAAGAGAAGAAAGCGAUUUUUCCUCUUUUUCGGAAACUUCAGACUUACUUUUAUACUUGCUUUUUUAAGGCUUCUCAUGACCCCAACUGGGAUAAAGAACCUCUUUUAAACCACAAACUAACAAAAAGAUCCCUCUGGUUCGACGAAAACGACCAUCGAUGUCUAUCUUUCGAGGCACAGUACUCAGCUUUCGUUUGAUGCUAAUCGUUUAUUUUUAUGAAGCCUUUGGAUGGCGUCAUUUCGACACGCAAAGCUUCUUUUUAUUGUUAUUUACGCCGUGGAACUGAAAAAGACUGGUCUAUGUGACUUUAUCCACUACCUUCCCACUUCUUAGACAAACCAAUUUAUGAUGUUUUGCGAAGUGUGUAUUUUUGGCCGUUUCGUUAAUAGUUUUUCAAAAGUCUUCGUACAGUUCUUUUACUGCUGGUUUCAGAAAAUAAUUGAAAAGUUUCUUUGUACUAUUAGCAAAAUGCUGAGCAGAAAAAAGAGGUUUAGAGGCCUCUAUUUUUACCAAAGAUGGCGGAGAAUUGAGUUUAUCUGAAAAUCUGGAACGCUGUUUUUGCCUUGCAAGGAAGGUAAUUUUUUUCUUUGAAUUGAAUAGAAUUUAGAUGAAAAAAAUUUUUUUCCGGUACGAAAUGGUUCCUGAAAGUAUCAACCUUUAAAAAAAGUCUUAGUUUUUGGAGAACUUAAAAGCUUCAAAUAUCCAUUCUCUAAUCAAUCAGAUCUGCGUAAAAUAUACUAAUUUUUUUAUAGUUAGUUAGAAAGAGGGCUUUUUCACAGUUUCGAGAAGAUAGAACUCCCUCCGUGGGGAAAUUUGUUUUAUAACAAACUAAAAUUGGAAGGUCUUCACAAUAUGUGUUAGACUUUUGAAAAGAAAGGUUAUUUCAGGCUUCUACCCUAAGCUGAGUCAGAGAGCGACGCUGUGGAUCUCCUAUAUUGCGGGUUUCGUCGGCUUUUCAUAUUUAUUGCUACCAUUGACUAGUCUACAUAUGUAUUCAAAUCCGUUAUAAUAACAUGUUCCAUGAAAUAAAUUAUUUAAUUGUCAUUUUUUUUUCCAUUCGUGAAAUACUCAGUUCUCAUGCUAGUUUUAUUUUAUUCGACGCAGAAAGAAAAGCAGAUAUUAGGGGUUAGUUAUCAUUUUUUUUAAUAUUUAAACGUUUCAAAGCUUCAAACCUGAAUCUCAAACGAGUUAGAAGUAAGUAAAUCAUAUAUUUUUUCCGCAUCGUUUUCCAGUUUUCCCCAGUGAGAUGAAGCAUUUCUUCACUCAUCACCCACUCCUAGACGACCUUGUUUUACCCAAAAGCAGGUGUGAAACAUCUGUCCUCACCCUAAUCCGCCAGUGUUUGCCUGGCCUCUUCUUCGUCUGCCAUCUUCUCUGGUUUCUUCUUUCCAUUCUUUUUCUCAUUUUCAAAGUCUUGUUGGAAAUCUCACCAAGGGGCUUUUCAAUCAUUGUUUGUACAGAAAAAAAAAACUUGCAAUGUUUUUGAAGAUGCAAAAAUUUCAUAGAGAUAUCAAAGCAAAUAAUUUUUUUCAGAGCCCGUUCAGUUCAUGAAAGCCUUCUGCGGCAGCAAUCUUUUUUGAGAAUUCUUAACUUUGUAAUUUUGAUCUAACUCUUGUGAUUGCUGCCUUUUCAAUAUUCUAAGAUAAAAGAGCGGGGCCGACCUUUUAUGUUCCUCUCCUUUUUUGGGAAAUGAAUGAUAGGCUUUUUACCUGAAAAUCUUCGGAGACUUUUCUUUUGAAUUGAACCGGCACCAAGUUGAACGGGUCGCCUUGACUUUCUAAUAGAAUUACCUUCAACAAGGUCAAUGCCAUAUAUGGUUCGCAUGGCGAAGUCUCUUUCAAAUUGACGAUCCUUUUUCAUACCUAUUGGCUACUUCUUAGUGUUGUAACUCCUACUCAUUUAAAAAUUUGCAUAUAUUUUUAUAUAUAAUGAAGUAUGAAGUUCUUAUUUUUGAAUUAUUCGAAGAAACUACCAUUUUGCAAAAGAAAAAAAAAACUUAAAACACAUAUAAUCUAUUUAUAUCACCCAUUCACGAAUGAUCGUCGAUUCCACCAAGAACAAUUUCUCAUUGUAUGCGACUUCGAAAGCUAAAAAAAAGAACAGUUGUUCCAUGAUCCGUCCAAGAUCUUUCUGCGCCUAUAAAUUUUGAGGGUAGCAAAAAAAAAAAUGCUCGGAAACCCCGGAAAAGGUCCUCAGCAGACAUAAUAAAAACUCUUGUUGAGGUCUCAACAUACUUAAGAAAUAUAUUCUCAGAUUAUAGGUUACGCGGGCCCUGUUAGAUUUCUGAAUAUUUUUCUGGUGAAAAAUUGCGACAGAAACAACUUUUGAAAGUAUGUUUUGAGAAUAAGCGCAUUGUAAAGGUUCAAUGAUCGUUCUGAACGAACCAUUUACAAAGCCAACUUUUCUUUCAAAAGGAAUCUUUCCCGAUCACAAAAGUCUUCAUUUAUCCACCUGAAAAUGUGGCUGUAAGAAGCUAAUCUGGGUUAGCAGAUUCAGAAUCUUCUUCGCGUCUUCCAACACCUCUAGACAAUUUGAUCCUUUGAAUCUCUAUAGUUUAUUCACUUCCAAUUAAAACAAUUUCUUACAUUCCUGGAGAGAAAAUGAUUGAUUAUUUCAACUCCAUCGAACUGGGAUAGUGUUCUUCAUGUGUUUUUGAGACAUAACUAUCCAGUUGAAAGGCCCCUCCGACGACGGCCCUUGCCGUGGUGCCAGAGCCUCGACCUCUCAACCUUGACGGCUGCACGCACUUCCUCUAUUUGGCAUCCAUCGAUCGAUUCACGCACAUGUCACCAGAUUUUUGGCGCCAAAUCGGUUGUUUUGGGGGCGUCCUAUCAAACGGACCUCGCGUUCACGUGCCUCGGUGA